CCUAGAUUAAGAUUUUAGACGUGCAUAAAUUCCAAAGACGAAGGCUCAAAAAAAGGACGACUCCGAUCAUCCAUCCCAGCAAUCAAAUAACCCUCUUUGCUGAUGAGGGCAUCGAGAACGCGCAUAAUUUGGGGCAUCAAACAUUUCCAUGCUGUGCUCUUAUUAAUGUUAGCAUUGUGCACUCCAGUCCAUCAUUGCGACGACCUCGAAGUGAAAGGCAAGGGAACCAGCGAUCUCCGAAAGGCCAGCAUGGACGUGGACGAAGCUGACAUCUUCAGCGCGGAGUCUCUGAAAGACACAACUACCUUGGACCAGCAGGCCAGGACUACCGUUGUGUAUGCCACAGUCGGCCGGGCGCAGUAUGCCUUUGACAUAUACACCAAGUUGAUGGGCAAUGAGCGGGAUCCAGAGCUUGCCAAUGCAGCUGAGACGCAGUUGACUGAUGGAGUCUCUGUGAACUACAAUGGCGCCUUUGCAGGGGAUGGCGAAGCACUGCUCUUUGUGUCAGAGCGUGAUGGCAACAUGGAGCUCUACAAGGGCCAUGCAGAGGGUGUUACUGGAGGCCACAGGCCCAGUCUCAAACGGCUCACAUACUCGCCAACACUUCAGGACCGGCCGAUCUACAGCCCUGAUGGGCGCAUCAUCUUUGUGUCCACGCACCAGCCCGCCAAGAAGCCGCGCCAGGGCUGGACUGCCAUCUACUCUGUCAGCGGAGUGAAGGGGCACACAGUGCGGCGGCUGACACCAGAAAAUGAGACCGACUACUCCCCGGCCAUCUCCGCGGACGAACAGUGGCUGGCGGCGGCUACCGGGAGCGGCAAGACUGGCAAAUCGGACGUUGUGGUCAUGCGCUCGGCCGACGGCCUGCAGCGCCGCAUCGUGGCCAAGAACGGCGGCUGGCCGGCAUUCUCCCGGGACGGCCGCAGCAUCUUUUUCCACCGCCAGACCCCAGAAGGCUGGUGGAGCAUAUUUAAUGUGGAGCUGGAGAGUGGGAACAUUACGCGCAUCACGCCCCCUGGGGUCGAUGUGUUCACCCCGGCGACCUCCAAGGGGAAGGACUGGGUAGCUGUGGCCACGCCUGAUCAAGAUGGAUAUAGGCAAAUUGGGGUCCUGCGCAUGGAUGAGGGGGGAGAGUGGGCACUGAGUCAGAUCACCAACAAGACCACCCAUCACUACAACCCCUUCCUGUCAGCGGAUGGGGAGCGAUUGGGAUACCACCGCUGCCGAUGUGCUGACUCAGACACUCUGGAGCACAUCCCUGUGCUCGAGCGCCACUCCUCCCCACUCCCCAAUGUUGACCUGGUGCGCAUUGAUGGAGCCUUUCCUUCGUUCUCCGAUGAUGACAGCUACAUCGUGUACAACGAGGGCUUCACAGGCGUCUCUGUGGCCGAGCGGGAUGGCAGCAACAAGAAGGUCAUCUACAAGGGCCCUGCAUUUGGGACGACAGCCAGCUACCAUGAAGGCAGGCAUGUCGUGGCAACCGCCCAGGGGCCGACAUUUGCCACUGAAAAGGAUGUCGUUGACAUUCUGCUGCUAGCAGAUGGGCAGUCUGGGGACUGGCACAAUACGGAUGUGCUCACCCUGACCGCCAACGGCACCGGCAACAACGCUUUCCCCUCUUUCUCCUCCGAUGGCAGCGAGAUAGUGUUCAGGAGCGGGCGCAGCGGGUUCAAGAACCUGUACAUAAUGCCGACAGAGGGGGAGGCCGCGGGCCUGAUCAGGCUGACAGAGGGGCCCUGGGAUGACACCAUGCCUGGAUGGACCCCCGCCUCUGGCUGGAUCGUGUUUGCAUCCAGCAGAGAAUAUGUUGAGAGCAAUCGCCCCGCCGGCGCCUUUGAUAUUUUCAUGAUCCGGACGGAUGGGAGCGGCUUGCAGAAGGUGUUUGACUCGCACGGCGGUCUGGCCAACCACCCCCACUUCAGCCCAUCACAAACAUCUGUCGUGUUCACCAGAUAUUCGGCAGAGGAGAUUUCUACACCACACCAGUUUCAGCCUUACGGCGACCUGUUUGCCAUUGACACGGAUGGCACAAACCUGCGCCGCUUGACCCACGACCCAUAUGAGAAUGGCACGCCGGCCUGGGGCAGCGAGGGAACACCAAGGGAGCUGUCACCAGAGGGCAAUGUGCUCAAGUGUGACUUUGCCGACUCUGUGGACUGGCUGAAACCGCGCAAGCGACAAGCAGAUCAGAUCAAGAGGAGCGCAGAAGAAACCCUGCAAGAAGACAAGGCGGUGCAAGGCAAGUGGUGCCCCUUCACGGCCAGCGCAGCAAGGAGGUCAGCAGUAUCGAGCAGCAAGUGACCCUGUGGCCUCUGUCUGCCUGUGUACAACAAGAAGCACAUGUAUGCAAUCUUGACGAAACGCAAUUGCCCUUGUGCAAAUGCGUGUAAGGCAGGAGUUGUAUUUGUAUUUGCGAAUGUGCAUGUGCUGAUGCUGCUGAGAUGUGGUAAUGAAAGAUCAUAAUUACUGGUGGAUGUUGUAUUAUUGCUGUACUCUGAGCCCGCAAAGUCUCCUCAAUAUUGAAUAUGCCCAUUGACAAUUUGUUGAUCUGAAUUGGGAGAUCAAUAGAAAUAGUACCCAAUCGAUUGCGAUAUCGGAAUGAGAUGGAAUUACAUGUCCUGUAUCCUGAUGUCAGUAUUGCCGCAGCUUGGGCAUUUGUUCCGCUACAACGAAGCACCAAAAUAUGCUAUCAAGGUCAUUGAUGCAUCUGUGUGUAAUUUAACUAUU